AUGCAGCUGGCUGGAAUCCUAAAGCCGAGUCCCUUGGCAAAGCCUAAGGCUUUUAUCACGCUGAAUAUUGGGGGUCUGUCAGCGGGCGCAGUUGGAGACCUUUUUGCUCAUCGCGCGCUUCGGACAGUGGAGCUGACUGGCGAUGGAUGUCCUGCUUCGGCGCUUGUGGAUGGUCUCAGCAUCGUUUCAGCCGCGAACCCAUCCGUCACGCUGGCUGUGAUUGACCAGAUGGGAGUGCAGAACUGCAAGGAGGGAUGCGUGGAGCAGAACCUGGCUAGCGCUGCAGAGGACGCCCAGCUGGACCUCAGCGCGCUGGAUCUGUCGCAACAGGAAGCAAAGCUGUUCGCGGUCGAACUGGGCAGCGUGUACGCAGGCCUGAAGGGGCAGCUUGCGGCCGUCCAGCAGCGGAAUGAGCUGAAGGUACAGCAAAACGACGUGGAACUGUACGAGAUCUCAAUUAUGGGGAUGCACGCACUGAUUAAUAAGUACGGUCAGGACUCGCCCGAGGUUUUCGCAGCUACAUCUGCUGUGGUAAAGCUUCUGAAGUGGGCUGUGGAGGCCCUCGACGCCGUUUACGAUGGGGACACCGUGUACCAGGUCCUUGCGAUGCAGAAGGGACCCACUCAGACAGCGACUUUUACCCGCCUUGUUAACUGGAAGGACCAGACGCGCAGGCAGCUGCUAGCAGCCACAUUCCCGGAUGCCGAUGAGAAGACCCAAGCCCAACUCUUUUCCGUGAAGGCGGCAGGCUACGGUUCCUUCAUCCUGCUGCUUUACUUUACCCUGGCUUCCAUUUGGUGCAUGUGCAACAUGCCGUUUAAGCGGGAUACCCUCCUCUACGGCAGCAAGAAGGAACAGUAA